CAGCAUUCAAACCUCUCCCCCCCCCUUAUUUGCAACUUUGAAGGAGAGAACAUAAACGAAUACGACACCAGCAAGCGAAGAGAGCAUAAUACAUACUGAAAAGCUACUACCACACUUGCACUUGACAUACAAAAUAUAGUGUUCGUGAAACCAACCUAAUAAUAAUAAUCCGCUUUUUUCACACACUUGACUUUCAACCUCUCUCCCCCCUUCCUUCCUUCCUUCUUUUGUCUCUCUCUCUCUUUUCGCAACGAAGUUCAAUAAUAUUUAAUUUUUUCAACAUCCAAAAUGUCACAACAUAUUCAGGAUGAACGACCACUCUUAUCUACGCCAAUAAACUCCUUGCCGCUAGAGUCUACUCGAGUCUGUCGAAUCUGUUUGGAAAAAGACGACAAGUCCAAUUUCAUCUCACCGUGCAAAUGCAAAGGCUCAAUUAAAUACGUUCACGCACACUGUAUAGGGUCAUGGAGAAGAUCCUUGGCACAGAAUGGGCGACUCAAAGAACUAUAUCACUGUACUUUAUGUCAGCAACGAUUCCAAGUACGCCAUCGACGACGAUGGAUGGCACUGUUAAACUAUAAAGCUUCUCGCAUCUUGGCAACUGCUGUCAUUUUGAUACUCGUUUUAAUUCCUGCGGGCACGCUGAUGAAAACACUCAUCCAUUUAUCGGUGCAAUUAUCAAACUAUCCGGGCGGAAUACACGAAGUGUGGAGCACUGGAUCACUUAUGAAAAUCAUCAUUGCUUCGGCUGAAAACUCCCUGCGACGCACGUUCCUCAUAUUCACCGACCUCCAACCCGACGAAACGUUUUCCUCAUUCGCAACACAGCGCAAAGUCCUCUAUACACCUUUCCCUGUCUGUUUUCGUUCAUCCACUAGUAACGACCACUCGCUUGUCACCAACACGCUUUUGUACUACUUUUUAUUUCCCUUAGCAGACGAUCGGUUAUGGCAUUUCAUACUCUGUCGUCUCGAGCAUCUCCAUCUUGGUUUCUUUUUGCUAGGUAGCAUCAACAAUAUUUGGUUCACGUACAAAAUUUUAAACGAUAUGUUUGACAUUGUGUUGGCCGUACAACAACAAGAUCAAGUGGCCGUCGCAGGCGAUGGUGGUGCUAUGGCAGGAGAAGGAGGCGGUGGUGAUGGUGGUGGUGGAGCAAUACAGCAACCACCCGUGAUGGGUGACGACGACGGCAACGACGGAAACCAAGAGCAUGAUAUAAUGCAAGCAGCAGUUGCCGUGGCAGCAGCAGCACAAAAUGACCAACGCAUCGACAGUAUCACACGACGACUUGGAAAGCUUGUGAAAGGAUUCUUGUUGAUGUACUGCUGCUCCCUGGUUGUGCUCUUUUGGAUCCACUUUAAUUUGUUUGCGUUCCAUAUUGACGUUCGUGACCAGGAUGGAGAAGAGAAAGGAUUGGAGCAGGCGUAUAGCUCGCGCCAGUUCGUCGCCGAGUUUCCGCUAUGGACAUUCCGUUGGAUUACGCUAGGAAUUGCUGUAGGUGACUUUGCAACGCGUGGUAUCUAUGGAUGGCUAGCACGAAUUACCAACUGCGUUGAGGAUGAAGAAGUCAUAUCCCGGACGAUAAUGUGAAUAAUAACCCUAUCUCACUCACUCUCUCCACUUCUGCACGUACAAGCAACAUGCUCUUAAAAACCAUUCACACUAACGACAACGACCAUUGUUGCUUACACAAUCAUCAUCACCGUACCAUCCAUUCUCCUUCAACUUUCACUCCACUGUCUCGAACAAAAGAAAAGAACCCCAAUGUAUGUGUGCCCAAACCGUCGU